AUGGAGCUUGGUUUUUAUAUGCUUCCUAUUGUAUUAUAUUUUUAAGCUUCCCAAGAUUUAUGUUUUCACUUUAUGAAAACUUCUAUCCAUUAGAAGAGAGAAUAGAAAAAAGAUUAGCAAAAAAAGAAGCCUAUGAAAUCCUAAUUCUUUCUAAAAACCAAUUCAAUAACAAUUUUAUUAAAAAUUCAAGUACCUUAUGAAAACAUUUAUAUGAUAAAUGUUGUUCACUAUGUUUAAAAAAUAUAUGUUUUGUAGAUGUUUCUUUAUCCAAAUUUAUAUUCUUUAAUAUUUGAUAUCAUAAAGCUAUUUUAUAAGUUUGAAAUUCUGACAAAAAUCCAAAAAUAAAAUAAAUAAGUAGAAUAAUAAUUAAAUAAAUACAAGUAAAAGAAUUAACGAAAUUUCAAGAAAUAUCAAUUAAAAUGA